CUCCCACCACCCGACCCGCUGUCCCGCAUAACAAACCCCUUGGCGCAGUGUUGUAAAGGCUUGGCUAGGAAUAGGUACCCAACCGUCCCGCACCCCCGUUUCAAUCACGAGCAAACCCUCCCCCUCAGGCAGGCGAACAGUUACCCAAACUGUACACACUGCGUGUGCACUGCUGCGACUGCGACAAACCGACACCAAACGACGGGGAAGACGGAUCCCUUCCUUGUCGUUGUACUCAUCGUGUUCUCGACAUCAACCACCAACCGACAUCUGUUCGACAUCCAUCGACAACGUAUCGCGCGCGCGCGACGAUCGACCACCCCACACUCGUUUGCGUCUACACCGCCUAUACUCGACCUCCCCUACGCUCCUUCUAUAACCCUCCGCCACCUCCUUUAACAUGUUCGGCAUCAACGCUGCUACCCUCGCCCUCAUUGCGGUCCUCCCCCAGGUCCUUGCCGUGGCCAAGACCUACACGCUCUCGCCGGCCGGGUUCCCCGACCUCUGCCUCGCCCCCGCUGGCGACGUGAACGGUGCUGGCCUCACCGUCAAGUCGUGCGACGAGGACUCGGUCGUGUUCAAGUACUCGACCAAGUCGGGCAAGCUCAAGAACACGGGCAACAACCUCUGCAUUGACGUCAAGGACGGCAAGAAGAAGAACGGCACCCCCGCCCAGCUCUGGGGCUGCUACACGUGCAACAAGAACCAGGUGUUCGACUUCCACGGCACGACUGCCAACAACACGGUCCAGUGGACCAACUCGCCCUACUGCCUUGACCUGACCGACGGCGAGGGCUGCGAGGGCACCCCCGUCCAGCUCUGGCGCUGCGUCCCCGGCAACACCAACCAGCUCUGGACCGUCACCGAGGUCCACGAGGAGCAGUGCGACGAGGCCUCUGACGGCGCCCCCGAGACGUACGCCGCUGCCGCUGCCGAGGCCGACGCGCCCGAGCCCGAGCCUACUGCCCGCCGCCGCCACUUCAAGGACGCUGCCCGCCGUCACUAAGUGAACGCGCGUUGCCCGCCUCUCCGCCCUCCUGCAUCGUUCUGGACAGUGUGCCCACCCCAUCUCAGAGCCCAUCCAUCCAUACCUUGCAUGAUCCUUUCUCCACUUGAUGUGUACCGCCCACCUCUACUCCCCCGUCUCUGCGCGCGACAGUGAGCGCCAGCGACCACGAACCUCUCCACACCUCGGGGAACGACUCUGGCCGGGCGCCAGCGCCGCCACCUCGGCCUUGUUAACGCUUUGCUUUUUGGGUCCUUGUCAGGACAGGACCUUGUUCUAUGCACACAUCUU